AUGACGGAAACAAUGGAUUUUUCUCAACUACCAGAUAAUAUUAAAGAUUAUAUCUCGACAUUGCAAAGUGAUAAUAUUAAAUUUUCAAAUGAAUUACAAUCAUUACAAACGCAAUUAAGUAAUUUAACAGCUGUUGUAGAUUUUGCUGAUUCAACUAAAAUAGCUGAAAUAGCAGAUCUUAGACAGAGACAUCAACAAGAGCUUGCAACAAUUAAUAUUCUAAUGGAAGAAACUAUUCGUGAUCGUGUUGAUGAUGCACGAGGAAAAUAUGAAAAUGAAUUAAAUAUAUUAAAACGUAAAUUUGAAUUACUUCAACAAGAAAAUUAUGAAUUAAAAUCUAAAGUUGUCGAUGACAAAGAUAGUGUAAUAGCAACAAUAUCACGAUCGUUACGUGAUAAAUUAUCAUCAAAUCAAUCGGCAUUAGCACAAGAAAAUGAAAAUCUUGAAGAAGAUAUGAGAAAAGCACAAGAAAGUACAUUAAUGCUUAAAUCAGUUAUUAUUCCACUUGAAGCAGAAAUUAAUCAACUUAAAAAUCAAUUAAAAGAAGCUAAAGAAAAAAUUCUGGAACUUGAAGCAUUACCACGUGAAGUUAAAAUUUCCUUAUCAUCUUAUGAACAAGACAAUGAACAAAUUUCAGUAAGUAUUAAACUUCUUAUUUCUUAUUUAUUUUAA